CACGUGACCCUGAAUCAUCAACAUUAAUGGUUGCCCAUUGCGAUCAGACUUGAUAAUAUUUACGUCGCUACUUGACUGCGAAUUAUUGUCUAAAUAUUCAACUGACAACAUUUCGUUUGCUUCAAUAACACACAUACGUGUGUUCUAAACGUUAACUUCAAUCGUGAGUUAUACAGAAUGACGUCACAGACGAAAUCAUUCAAGGAAAGACGAGGCUUUUCUGCCAGAGUGAGGGAUGUGCAAAACAUUCGAGAGCAGCAUCCAGAUAAGAUUCCAAUAAUAAUAGAACGUUACCAUGGUGAGAAACAGCUUCCAGUGCUGGACAAGUCCAAGUUCCUUGUUCCGGACCACGUCAACAUGUGUGAACUCGUGAAAAUACUGAGGCGUAGACUGCAGUUGCAUCCGAACCAAGCUUUCUUCCUCUUGGUGAAUAGUCGCACCCUAGUCAGCAUCGUAACGCCACUGGCGAUGGUAUACGAAAACGAGAAAGACGAAGAUGGAUUUCUGUACAUGGUGUACGCGUCCCAGGAGACAUUCGGCCAUUAAGUAACAAAGCGUCAUAUGCCAUCGAUGUGUAAAUAAGUAAUAAAUUUGUCAAGGUGCCCGGGUACCUGUAAAUAGAACCUAUAUGCAGACUGGUCAUUCGUAAGAAGUUGAAGAGGGACUUGAACAAGAUUCCGUGUAGCACUGUACUUGCUGUAGGGCGGCCGAUAUCUGAGCAUGUGUGCACGUGUUACUUGCUAAAAGGUGUAUAAUCAAAAAGUUAUUACUCCGUAGAAGACAUCAGUUAUUCAGAGUCAACAGGAAGGUUAUAGGUGAUUAAUUUACCUUGGUGUGUUGUUGUGUUGUUGAUCAAUGCUACAGUUCAUAUGAAAAUAAUUCAGCACAUACAUGCACUUUUCAUUGAUAAAAAAAUUAUUGGUAUAUGUGGUUUAUUAAUGGUGUCAAAUAAUAAUUCGUUUCUGCAACCCUACAUUAAUGAUUGUAGAUUGCGUACCAGUAUCGGUGUGAUUCGGCUAUUUGAAUGGAAACUGCACUCCAUUGGUAUGCGUGCAGCGUAGUCUGGUAAGCGAGUAUGUUUUAGUGGCACUGCGUGAAUUUGUAUCUUAGAAUUAAUUGGAGGUAGGUUAAUGAUAAUAUGUAUAUCUUGCAUGAUCAGCAAGCUGCUAAAGUAGGGUGAUCCAAUGGAACACACGUCAUAAAGGAGCUGUUCUAUUUGUAGUUGUGAAGGUUUUCUGCUACCACUUAAAGAAUUGUCUAAACGAAAGAUUCAGAUACAGCAUAUGGUACUUUCAGCCACUGUUUUGUGUACAUACCCAUGUGUUUCUGUAUGUAUGUAUAUAUAUAUAUAUAUAAUGUAGUCAAAGAAAAAAUUGUUUAGCUUGUACUGUUUGUUGUACAGCACCGUGAACUAUGAAAUAGAAGUGCAAUGCGUUGUGCUGCGUGAUACCAGUUGCAGCUACUUUUGUUCAUGGACCCUGAAAAUAUUUUAAAUUGUACUUUUAGCGUAAGUUCUUCUUCAACGGUGAAUUUAGUGGUGAUAACUGUACUUGAAUUGUCAUUAAGCCAAUUUUCAUUAAUAUUUUUAUGCUAGUCGGUCGGUGUUGGAAAAAUAUGUCCUUAAAGUAUAAAUGCACAGACUUGAUACCUUUACAUGCAUAUUGUGUGUGCGUGCAUGUAUACAUGUGUAUGUGCAUAGUAUGGCCAAAGAAGCGGUCAACCGAUAGGAUCCUAAGUUUAUAAGUAGUUUAGUAAAGUUAGUUUAAGUAAAACAUAAUUUUAGCAUAUGGUUGGUGGAUAAAUUAAAGCUAACUUUGUUGAAUAAAUCGUAUUCCAAUAAUCUUUAUUGCAAGCCUGUAUCUAUCUAUAUAAGAAGGUGUAUAUGCUUUUACCCUUGUGUAACUAACUAUGUUAAAAAUAAAAUGGGCAUUUAAAAUUGCAA